AUGGUCUCUGCUGUUUCGCUUUUGGUUCAAAUCCUGGUCAUCUGCUGGCCACGGCGACUCGGCGACCAUCUACCAAACCGCUCUAACGCUGACUUGAACAAACUCUCUCUCUACCUCCUCCCUGCUCGUUUCACGCAACGCCCUCAGCAGCGGAUCUGGCAGCAGUACACUAUUUGUGUCUUGUUUGCGUGUCCCAGCGUGACAGCGUACUUGUUCGCGGUGAGGUGCAUGUCCGACAGCACCUCACCUACCACCUCUGCGGCCCAGCAUGGGGCGCUUCAAUUCUCAUUGGAGGAGCUGGCAGCAGGCGGCAUUGCCGGCUUCGCAGAGCACUUCGUGAUGUUUCCCUGCGACACCAUCAAGACGCGCAUGCAGUGCGGGGGUGCGCGAAGUAUCUGCCACGUCGUGAGACACUUGUGGAGCCACGAGCGGCUAACACACCUCUAUCGCGGGUGCGUGCCUGUGCUCGUGUCAGCGAUUCCAGCGCAUGGUGCGUACUUCAGCGUGUACGAGGCCCUCAAGCGCCUCUUUGGCGACGACACCAACAUGGGCAUCGCCGCUGCGGCUUCGUUUUCCACGGUCGCUCACGACACGGUGUCCACGCCCUUCGAUGUGAUCAAGCAACGCAUGCAGAUGGACAAGCACCGCUGCUUUAGUAGCUCGGUAGAGUGUGCCAAACGCAUUGUGCGAACCGAAGGCGUCGGCGCCCUUUUCGCCUCUUUGCCAACGACGGUAAUAAUGAAUAUUCCCCACUUCUCGGCCUACUGGCUCGCCUACGAGGGUUUUCUCGCGUCUCGUGGGCAUGGCAACGUGCGCAACCACCAAGACGAGAUGACGGUGGACUACAUGGCCGCUGGCUUUGUGGCAGGCGCGUGCGCGGCGGUUGUCUCAUUCCCCUUUGACACGGUGAAAACAUAUCUUCAGCUCGGCCACGGUAUGGGCUUCCGUCACACACUGAGGGAGUUGAUCCAGCUACGAGGAAUGCGCGGCGUCUACUCUGGCGUUGUGCCGCGCAUCCUCUACACGGCUCCCUCUGGCGCCAUCAUGAUGGUGACGUACGAAACCGUGAAGAGCGCGCUCGCAUCCGACAAGAGUCUCUUCUGA